AUGCCCUCCCUGCUCUCUCUUUCAAACCAGGUUUUCGAAAUCGUUUGCCAUGCCAUAUACCCCGAGGAUGUUUGCUAUGACCGCGUCUCUCUGAAGUCGUUGGCCGCACUUGCCCGAACCAACAAACGGCUAUCGAGUAUCGCGACAAUGAUAUUUUACGCUCGUGGAGUUUUCUCUCAUCUACACCUGCCGCUCGCUUGGGGAGCAAAAUUCGGUCUACGAGAAACACUGAACAUGGCACUUGCUGUUGGCGCUGAUCCGAAUUUUCUCUUCUAUGCGGACGUUGAUUACCGCCUCUGGGUUGCAUCCCUCCGCUCGUACGAAUCUCACCGGGCUUUCCAGAGAGGGGACAAAGACUUCUGGCCCCCGUUUGACCGGAACCUUCUCACAAGAUACAGGGAGAGGUUCGGCAAGGCUGCGAAUGCUCUUCACCCAGAUCUGGUUGAUCUGGACAUCAUUGCGCCUACCAACGAAUAUAAGCUUUACGGAGCGUAUCAAGCGACAACACCUGAUGGAGGGUUCGUGGAUGAGGAUGACUGCAGGGAUGAGAUUACCCUAGCUACCGAGUAUGAGGAGCGGGAUCGCAGUAUUCCCCGCACAUUCACCGCCGCUCACCUUGCUGCAAGGGAAGCUCACAAUGAGAUCAUAUCGAUCUUAGUGGACCAUGGUGCUGAUCUCAGCAUCUACACAAAUGGUCCUUGCAUCUGCCACCCGCCCCCUUUUGCGGGAUUUUGGUUUUUGCCGUCGGAGGGGGCUAUGGGCGUAUCUUCGCCCCAUAAUUGGAGCCCGCUUCACGUCGCCCUCUGCUCUAGCCAUAUUGAAACCGCCAAGCUUCUCCUCUCUAAUGGUGCAGCAGUCGUACCUUCUGGUAUACUUUCGUCUUCGCCGGGACAAAUGCGGCCGGAUUUUGGGAUUCUCUUUGAAGCUGCCGCGCGUGGCCACGCCGAUGUGCUUCAGCACAUCUUUGACCUCCAUCCCAACAUCGACGUAAAUUGUGUUGAUCAAACAGGACAAACAGCGUUGUUUUAUGCCUUUCUUAACCGUCGCUGGGACUCUACUAUCCCGCUUCUCCUUGAACGCGGGGCUGAUAUCAAUUUCGCCGUUGGAUGUGAUGUAGGAAACCAGCACAUCGAAGCCACAUGUCUGGAUAUUGCCUGCCGUUUGGGACGAUUCGAAGACGCCCUGAGACUUCUCGAUCUUGGUGCGAAGAUCACCCGCAUGAGCGUGUCUCAUCUGGGAGCAUUGCUCAACGCGCCCCCUAAUUUUCGUGUCGAUCCGUUGCAGCUUUGUGCUAUCGACUUUAAGGAGUGGCAGAAGCCAAAUUGCUGCCGCUUUCUUGAAGAAUUUGUCUAUUUCCAGGACGAAGACGCUUCUCAUAUGGUUGAAACCUGCGCAACCCGGGUGAACCUCAUUGAGGACCGAACUAUGGAAAUUCAACGCCAAGCCCAGCUUCAAGAACGCUUCUGGCCACAGCUGAUUGAACGAUUGAUACGGGAGGGUGGUCUCUCUGCGGAUAACAUUCUUCUUUGGGACCCCUUGGGCAACUCUGGCCACCCCACUACCCUGAUGCUUGCGGUCCAAAGCCUCAAUCUCCCUGCAGUCGAUGCCCUUAUUACGCACGGCAAGCCCAAGAUCGGAAUUUUGCAGCCACAUGAGGGCUGGAGCAACAGGAAUGCCUUGAUGGCUUUUGUGGCGAAACUCCCACAGCGCCUGGUUUUCCAGUUUGGAGGUCGCACACAUUGUUGGGAAGAUCUGGGCAUUGUACCCUGCAAGGAUUGGAACUUGCCUCUUCUCGACGACUACCCCAAAAGGUUCAUAAUAGUCAAAAAGCUCGUGGGGUUGCAAGUUCCAGUCAACCACCAAGAUGAUGAUGGCAACACUGUUCUUCACUUGCUUUUUGAGUCGACCGCUGCUGGUGAAAAGUUCAUGAACCCACGAUCCGCCGAACUGAUCCUUCGUUAUCUUCUCGACCACGGUGCCUCAGCCAGCCUUCUUCUUCGCAACAAGAGAGGCGAAACUGCUUUUGAGUGUUCUAUUCGCAAUAAGUGCGCGUAUGCUUUGGAUAUCAUUGCGAGCAAAGGUCUAAUUCGGAACCUCUUUGAUCAUUUUGACAUCAGAGAAGUUACAUGUAUGUUCGAAGUAACAGCAACCAUACCUACUCUUCUGGAUGCUCCAUCCAACGAUAAGGAUGAGGAUGACGAUACUGUAGUCAGCUCAGAAGAGAUAGUCAAGAUAACAGUGGACUCCCUCCUCAUGGAGUUCUCGCUCAGAGUUGACAGCAACAACCCACUCGGCAAUGACGGAGCUGAGCUUCUUUUCUACGCUAUCGGUAAUGAUGCUCCUCACUCUACGAUUGUACACCUACUUGAUAUGGGAGCUCAAGCGCACCGUAUCGCUGUACCCGAACCACCUCGUAAAAACUGGUCCCUUCACCCACUUGCACCCAGAACACCCUUCGAGAAAGCCAUUCAGGCCAAUCGAUGUGAUGUCUUUGAAAGCAUCCUGCUUCGACAACCGCUUUCUGAUGAUGGAUCAUCGGCCGGGCGGCCAGUGCAGGACUUGCACCUUGCUCUAGAUAAUUUUGUUGAGCCGUGCCGGCUCACUCCAUACAACUGCGUCCGUGCGUCAGUUGAAAAGCGUAUACAAGCCGAGAAGUACCUACGUGUACAUCUUGCUGCUGGCGUCAGUCCUGCCAGCGUCGAUAUGAACGGUCACACAGCACUAGUACGGGUGCUGAAGCGCAUAGACACUGAUCCGGAAUUGGGCCUUGACGUGUUUCAUCUCCUAAAACCUCUUUGUCGAGGUCUUGACCUCAAGAGAAAGCUUCCAUACUUGGACUACGGCCUCUCUGUGACUGAGUAUCUUGAGAAGCUCAUCUCCGAGGACCGGUAUUUGGAGCAACUAAAGGAGUGGUUGAAGAUUGUUACAUCGAAGAAUGGCGAAAAGGAACUCCAGUGGGUUCAUUGA